UGUGUAAACUCUGUGGCUGGUGUCUCAUCUUGCUUGUUCAAUGCCAUCUUUUGAAGGUAAAAUCAUUGGAAGGCCUCUUAAGUACUAUUCCAGUAAAAGAUCCUUUCUGAACCUCCACUAGUAGCCCAUGGACAUUAAAAUUCUCAUACUCCUUAAAGAUCAAGAAGCCAAAGAGGAGAGAGAAGUCGCCUGCCUAAGGUUAUGGAGUAGGAGCUGGAAUUGCACCGGAGGAGCCAACUUCAGCCGGAGCCAGCCAAGACGAAGGCUCUCCAGACUGUCAUUGAGAUGAAGGACACAAAAAUUGCUUCGCUGGAGCGGAACAUAAGGGAUCUUGAGGAUGAGAUCCAGAUGUUAAAAGCCAGUGGCGUGCUGAACACCGAGGACCGUGAGGAAGAGAUGAAACAAAUAGAGGUUUACAAAAGUCACUCCAAGUUCAUGAAAACCAAGAUUGAUCAGCUGAAACAGGAACUUUCAAAGAAGGAGUCAGAACUUCUUGCCUUACAAACAAAGCUUGAAACCCUUAGCAAUCAGAAUUCAGAUUGCAAGCAACACAUCGAAGUGCUUAAAGAGUCGCUUACUGCCAAAGAACAGAGGGCUGCCAUUCUCCAGACUGAGGUAGAUGCACUGAGAUUACGUCUGGAAGAGAAAGAAUCUUUCCUCAAUAAAAAAACCAAACAGCUGCAGGACCUUACGGAAGAGAAGGGGACACUGGCGGGAGAGAUCCGAGACAUGAAGGAUAUGUUAGAAGUGAAGGAAAGAAAAAUCAAUGUUCUUCAGAAGAAGGUGAGUAGCUGGCAGAGCCCUUCCGGCUGGGAGCUGGCCUCAUCCGCGCUUUGUCACCUCAGAGACAUUUUUGAGCAUGUCGAAAAGAAGAAAUUAUUUUUAAAGCAUUUUAUGUUAGGAAGUAUAAACUUGUAA